AUGUAUCAACUGACGCAACAAACUUUGGAAGAACAUUUAAAUUCUUUUGGUGAUCUAAUUGCAUUAAAGAAAAAAUUUAUCUCAGACUACGUAAAUGAACAACAACGACAAGCUUUCGACAUGACAGACGGGAAAGAUUUGAAUUCAACAAACAAUAAGCCUAAGGCGAAACGUCGUAAAAAAACUAAGUCACUGCUUGCAAGUUCCCAGAUUAUGCAGAACUUUUCUUCUCGUAAGGUUGGCACAAAACGUGUUACCCUUCGUUCAGAUUCUAAACCGGGCAUUUUCAAUAAAGGAAAAGCUUCGGAAAAAGUUUCCACCAAAGGAGUUCCGGAUCUGGUAUUUUCUGAAGUUGAUUUUCUCUAUUCGGGAUCGUCAAAAAAACGUGGACCAUCAAAAUUAUCUUCUGAAGCACCUUCUCUCCAUAGCGAUUCAAAUGAUCACUCUUAUAAUGGUGUACAAAGUACCAAAUCUCCUUAUUUUGUGACCAAUUUGUCAGAUGAUGGUGUACAAAGUACGAAAUAUCCUUAUUUUGCGACCAAUUUAUCAGAUAAUGGUUUACAAAAAAAUUCAUCUCAAGACUGUAAUAGCUGUAACCAGCAUCAAGAUACACAAAAGCAUACGAUUCAAGACAAAGACGACGAUGACAAAACAAUUUCAUCUAUAGAGGACGCUCUUAAUUCCCUGCAUUCAAAUACGGGCCCUGCUGAUGAACAUUCCUGCACGUAUCGACCAUCUGGAAUAUCUAUUGAUAUUAAAGACGUCUCUGAAACUCCUAAAAUUAGCAAUCAACCCAAUAAUUCUCUGCACUCAAAUACGAGCCCUGCCCAUGAGCACUCUUGCACAUAUCAACCAUCUGGAACGUCUAAUGAUAUUAAAGACGAUUCUGAACUUAAUGAAACUCCUAAAAUUAGUAAUCGGCCAAAUGACUAUUAUAAGUUUUCUAUGAGCGAUGCCAAUAAAAAAUAUUCAUCUAUAUCACAAGCUGUAUCGUCAUAUUGUGCAUCACAAAAACCAUCAGUCACCACUAUAGGUGUUCCAUCAGAUGCGGUUAAAUGGUUAUUAAUUGAGCAAGGAACAACAUUAGAUGAUUCUACAAACAAUAAACCAACACAUCAAAAAAUGUGGACGUCGGAAUCACCUCUUAAAAGCAAAAUUUUACAAUCACCAAACGGUAGUGCACGUGCUAUGGAUUUUCUUAAUGCUACCGAUUUAAAUUGUUCCUUGAUGAGUUCUCCAAAUCGAUACUCUUCACUUCCCCUCAAUGAUCAUAUUUUUUCGCCAUCCGAAACUUCUGCACUUUACUUAAAUGACGAUGCUUUAACACAAAAUGGUAUUGAUAUUACUGCUGAUAAGACAUAUUGGCAGACCGACGAAGAAUAUAAUAGGCAUCCUAAUUACUAUGCAUCAUCAUAUACUGAUCUUCAUAAUAACGAAGAUAUCAUUAAGAAAGACACGGCCAUUGACUUUCGAGAAAUUGACUUGUCAGAUUUAUUUAUUUGGAGAAAACAUAAAUUGCACUAG